CAGGAACAUGGCGCUUUGGAGGAGAGCUGUUUUCUCCUGACAGCCAGGACGAUUUAACCCUUAGUUCCUUUAAAUAUGUUAAUUUAAAUAGCGUUAAGGUGCGUACAUUAAAUAUGAGAGGCCGUGAGAGGUAAUCGUUCCCCUUCGUCUGUACGGACAAUGGAACAGCAAAUUUCGUAGCAGUGUUGUCGUUAGCUGGACCUGUUAGCAUUCGUAUGCUAGCUGAAGCAAGCUGGCUAACAGAAUAUCGCUAAACAGGCAGAAAAUAUGCUUGCUCUGCGGGCUUGUUUAUGCAGCCUACGCUCAAAUUAAACUAGCUAUCAAUGAUUAUAACAUUUUAUUUAGUCUCGCAUCAGUCAAUUGUUUUGUAGCACGACGAUUCGGAUGAGCUAACGUUAUUUUGUUAGCUAAGCUAGAAGGAUGGAGAACCGUCAUGGAUUUGUUUUGUUGCUGGCCACUGGAAUUUUUCUGUCGGCAUUUUUGCCGUCUGAAGGUGCCCCUCUUCAUUAUCCUCACAGAACAGGUGGGAGCGCGGGAGACACGUUGCCUGUCUCUCUAUACCUGUCCCUGGCGGUGUCACUGACGGCGCUUGUGGCCUUCGUGGUGCUGCUGAUGAACUGUGUGACCUGCUGCAAGGAAAGGGAGAUCAACUUCAAGGAGUUUGAGGACCACUUUGAUGAUGAGAUUGACUUCACCCCGCCAGCAGAGGACACGCCGUCCAUGCAGUCCCCAGCUGAGGUUUACACCCUCGCAGUGUCCCCCGUAGCCCUGCCUGGACCCCCACACCUCCAGCCCCCACCCCGCAUUGCAGAGGGAUCGACAGGCUUCCAGGUGGCACGACACAGUCUCAGCUAUAUCCAGGAGAUUGGCAAUGGCUGGUUUGGCAAGGUCCUUCUGAGUGAGAUCUACACUGACCCCGGUGCAGCCAGAGUGGUGGUGAAGGAGUUGAAAGCUAAUGCUAGUGCCAAGGAGCAGAAUGACUUCCUACAGCAGGGCGACCCAUACAGAGUGCUACAACACCCAAACAUCCUUCAGUGUCUGGGACAAUGUGUGGAGGCCAUCCCAUUCCUGCUGGUCUUUGAGUACUGUGAAAUGGGGGAUCUGCGGGGCUAUCUGUCUCAGCAGGAUUGGAUGUUCAGAAAUGCUGAGCUGUUGCAGCUGCAGAGGAUGGCCUGUGAAAUAGCUGCUGGUGUCACUCACCUUCACAAACACAACUUCCUGCACAGUGAUUUAGCUCUGAGGAACUGCUAUCUGACUGCAGAUCUAACAGUCAAAGUGGGCGACUAUGGCAUUGGACCUUACAGAUACAAAGAGGAUUACAUCAUCACAGAAGAUGAUGUGUUUGCACCCCUUCGUUGGUUGGCUCCUGAGCUGGUGGGUGAGCGCCAUGGAGGUGUGGUUACUAUGGAGCAAACCAAGCCUGGAAAUGUGUGGGCCUUAGGGGUCACGCUGUGGGAGCUGUUUGAGAAUGCAGCUCAGCCGUACCCACAUCUAUCUGACCGUGAGGUCCUCAAUCACGUGAUCAAGGAGCAGCAAAUCAAACUUUUUAAGCCACAGCUGGAGCUCCCCUAUUCUGAUCGAUGGUAUGAGGUGCUACAGUUCUGCUGGCUGUCUCCAGACAAGCGAGCCACAGCAGAGGAAGUGCAUCGUCUUCUGAUCUAUCUGCGCAUGCAAGGCCAGAAGGACAUAGAGGAAGAUUUUGAACAACGCUGGGAUGCUCUCAAGCCUAACCCCUCCACAAGACAGACCACUGUUAGCCACUCCUCCUUCCCUAUCCUAGAGCAGUUUGCUGAUGAUGCCUUGCGACAAGAGAUUGAUGAGGUGCUCACAGUCACUGAAACUAGCAAAGGUCUCAGCUUUGAGUAUGUGUGGGAGGCAGCCAAGCACGAUCAUUAUGACAGCAACCAUGGACGUUCAGGCAUGGACACAACAUUGAACUACCACAGCAUGUUUUUCCCUGUAUCCAAGGAAGACAUCCAGGCCCAUUUUCCAGAUCCUGUGGCCAGAACAGGGGGCGCAGAAACUGUUAACACCCCUUCAGGAAUUCCUGGGAUCCUGCCGGUUUUUGAUGUACAGAAGCCAUCGACUGGGAAUGAAUAUUACAUACAACUAGAAGACCAGGGCGAGAGUACUGUAGGGGCAAAUGAGAACAGAGUGACAGACAUGGACACAAGUUCAGACAGGCAAGAGUUUAUUGUUCUGCAAGAUGUCCGUCUGGAUGAGUCUAGUACUGAUGCAGAUUUUUUCCACCAAAGUAUUGACUCCAAGGACUCUUUUUUACCUGACAGCCACAUCUGGUCAUCUCUUGAGAAUGACAGUCCUUACCACAACAACAUAUUCAUUGAGGGGGAGUCCAAACAAGACGACUCCCUUUCCUGGAGACAGAGCUUUAUGGAGCUUCCAGAACGCAAUGGGAACCCUUUCCAUGAAGGUGCAUCUUUAGAAGUCCAGGAGGUAGAGACAGAUAAAAACUUAGGGGAUUCUUUUUUAGGGGAUGGUCCAGAAGCCAGUCACCAGGAGGAGUCAGUUGAAAUGGAGGGGGAGAACGCAGACGUGACAAGGCUUCUGAACACUGAAAAACUAGCUGGUAACUUCCUGUUUCUCAAAGAGCAGCACCUGCUUAAAGAUGACUGUAGUUUAACAAGGAGAAGUAAGAACUCACCACAGAAUUUUCUUUCACCUGGUAUAGCUCAUGAACCUGAGGAAAGAUUCAAAAUGAGCUCUUGGGACAAUCUUGAGUCCUUGGACAGCUUAAACAUAGCAGAAACCAACUUAAAACCCAUAGAAAGUAGCACAUCCCCAAAACAGGAACUUUUAAAUUUUUCAAGUACCAACUUAGGGGAGUUUGAUCAGUCUCUGGUAGAAAAUGAAACACUGGUGCCUUCCAUUACAGUGGUCACAGAAGAUGUCUCAAGCAACCAGCUGCCAGUUAGAAAUAGUUCUUCCACUGAAGAUAUUGGUCUGCUUUAUUCCUCAGAUACGGGGAUAGACUCUGCUUUUGAUUCUACCUCAGAGAAAUUUGAGGCUCUGGGUAGUCCAACUGAUAGUCACAAAACUCAUGUGUUCUCUGAAAGUGCCACUACAGACUCCUUGUGCACAGAUGCCAAAAGUCCUAGCCUUGAAGAUGACCUUGCAACCUCAGAAGAUAGCAUUCAGCCUGUUGGAAGUACAAUGCCUGUUAACCCACAAGUCCAUGCAUUGUGCCCAGGCAACAGCCACAGUGAAGGCCUAGCAAGUGAUCUAUUUAGUGACAUGAUUGACGAUACAGAGGUAGGACUGGAAACCACUCUGUCAGACCAUGAAGAAUCUUUUCUGGAUGCUAAUGGAGGUUCUCUUGUCAGGUCUUCUCUGCUGGUCUCUGGGCCGUCUCUGGACCAGAUCAGCCAGGACAGCUUACUGGAAGAUAGUGUCUCCACCACGCUGCCAACUGUAGAUAACUCAGCUGAGACACCAGACUCAUUUGACUCUAUUGACAUCCAUAGGUUAGGAGAACAGGUAGAGGAGCUAAACACUCCAGUAGUCCCACACAAACUCCAGCCCCCGUACAAAAUAGCAGACAGUGGAUAUGAGACAGAGAACCUUGAGUCUCCCGAGUGGAACUCUCAGCCCAACACGAGAGAGCAUUCCUUGGUUGAAAAUGGAGUUAGCGUUGCUCAAGGAAAAGAAAUAGAAGAUCCCACAUCUGCUACCACACUGAUUCCACCAGAAAUUGUCAUCUCUGAAGUAGAUAGUGUGCUGGAUUCUCAGAAUGAGAACAGUGAAGGCCAGCAGCCGGAGCCCAUAGUUCCUGCUGAGGAACCAUUCAUGGGCGGUAGCUACAGAGACUCUGCCUACUUCUCAGACAAUGAGUCAGAACCUGAGAAGAAGUCUGAGGAAACACACACUGGAAAUUCUGCUGAGGUGUCGUGGCCGAGAAACUCUGCUGACAAUGAUAGUGGGGCCAGUGCAAGUCCAUCAGUUGAGUUGGUUAUGGUGGAGGGAGAUGUGGAUUCUGCGAGGUCUCAGAAGGAAACUCAUGUAGCUGGUGAAGAACUGGCUGAUGUUGGAGAAACUCCUGUCUCUGUUGGGGGCAUAUCUCCUGAGCCAGAUUCAACUGCCAAGGAGAACUGCAAAGAGGAGGUGGUGCUCUCUGUCGAAAGCCAUAAUGAGGAUGGAAACACAGACUUAAUGUCUUGUGAUCAGCCAGAGUGCAAUGACCCUUCAGAAGAUCCAGAGCCCUCGACUCCACCUCCUUCCACUACACUGGCAAAGCUGUUACCAGAGAACAUGGUUCAUGCUAAACUAACCAGGACUUACGCUAACGACAGUGGUCCCAAAAUAAAGGAGCCGGAUAUGGAAGGACGUUACCUGGCAAGACGGGAGGGCUCGGGUGUAGAUGGACAGGAGGAUGGUAUGGAUGCAGACGAGGAGGACGAGAACAGUGAUGACUCUGAUGACGAGAUGCGUGCGUACCGGCUGCACAGCUCCAGCUCAGAAAGUGAGGAUGACACUGUGCACAAGGUGCCACUUAUUGUCUCGGAUGACAGUAGUGCAAAAAACCUGAAGAGCCUGUUGAAACCCACCACGCUGAACAUUGAAGCAGCAUCUUCACAGUUUCCUUUGAGGAAUGAUGCACAUAACUCCAGAAGAGCAGUCUCCUUCUUUGAUGAUGUCACUGUCUACCUGUUUGACCAGGAGACUCCUACCAAGGAACUGGGUGACCACUCCUCAGGCUCCAAUAGCCAGGUCUCAGAGUUCAGCAGCCCAGUUCCUACUGCCAGCUACCUGAACAGGUUCACCAACUCUGAAAGCUCCACAGAUGAAGAAGGUGGUGGCUUUGAGUGGGAUGAUGACUUCUCCUCUCCUGCGUCCUCUUUCCUGUCCAAGACAGCUAAGGACCUAGUGUCCAAGACUACGUCCUCUGUAGCAUCUCACUACUCCUCUCCACCCCCUUCAGUAGGGCGCAUGUCGGAGCCCAGUUGGAGCAGCUCCUCGAACUAUUCUCGUUUCUCUAUCUCACCGGCCAGCAUUGCCAGCUUCUCCCUCACACACCUUACUGACUCUGACAUUGAACAAGGAGGAAGCAGUGAAGAUGGGGAGAAGGAUUAGCCUCGUAAAUGAAGCUACGGUGUAUCUUCAGACUAUCGAGGAACGAACCAGUACUCGCACUUUCAAGGUUGGAGGAUGGCUGAAUAAGGACAGAUGACAUGGUUUGGUGCAAACCGUGGAGGCUUCUCUCAGGCAGAACUGUUCUUUUCCUUCAUGGAGAUGGCCAUGAGGAGGACUGCUAUAAUCCAACGUUUAGCAAAUAAGACAGACAAGGUUCAGUCCCAGUCUGAGCCUCAUCACCUCUCUAGCAACAUUAGUGUGUGUGAUUUCUGUUCAGUGCAAUUUCACUGGAAAAACAAAAACGGGCCUAGCUUCUUUAUGUUUGCUUUAAAAACCUCAUCAAGCGCAUUCCAAGUGUUUGGCUGCCUCUUUUGUUGUGUUAGUCAGUGCACUCCUUUUCUAGUACUUUUUUGCAACACCAAAAAAAAAAAGAUGCCCUUUUUAAGCCCCAGACCUGUAUCUUAACUCAGUGGGCCUGGCAAACUUAAUGUCUGCAGCCAAAUAGAAAUAAGCUUUUUUUGCAUUGGGCAUACCUAAAAGUUGAAAUCAAAGGUUGCUCAACAACAUUGUUCAUUUUGCUACUUCACAAUAUUGUGCGAUUAUAACGGUGGUUGCCUUUUUGGAACAGUGAUUUGUUUUUUCUUCACGUCUUGUCAGGUGUCACAGUCUCCCUGUUGGAGAGAAACUGAAUUCUGUACGAUGUGCUUCUAUAGCAGCUUUUGAUUGAGACGGGUAGGAUUUUAGUAAGCAUCAUGUUUGGACAAUUUGGUCAUAGGAUGAUUGGAUAAACUACCUUAGCUAAGAGUACCCUUACCUAGAGAUGAUAUACUGUAUGUCCCUUCCUUUGUGUUUCAAAGGAACAUUUAAGGAUUCUCAUAUUUUUGAGAAAUUUCAGUAAGAAUACUAGAUUUUAUUACACAAGGAAUAAGCAUAGCCUUACAGGUGAGAUCUGACUGAGUGGAAAAACCCAACAACUUAUAAGUAAGUUAUUUAUUGUGUAAUGCCUCUUGCCAUGCUCUGAAUGGAUAGGGAGUUGCUUUAGUGGUAAUGGAUUUGUCCCCGUUACUCAUUAGUGGGUCCUAUCAGUGCCUGUUAUACUGUAACGACACCUGCACCCCUCCAUUCUUAACACUACAAUUGCAAAUCAUGCAUUUAUUGAGACUGUAAUAAGCAGGAGAUUUUAUUUUGAAGUGUCAGAAUGUAAAAUGUUUUGAGCUGUUUGUAAAACAGAUGUGCAAUGAAUUUAAUUAGUUGAUAUUUACAUUUGAGGUUAUAGGAUGACUUAAUAAAAACGACAGCAUUUUUUUGGUAAUGUGCAGGGACUUGAAGCUCCAUAAGAAUUCACUACUAGAACAAAAA